CCCGAGCGUCUGUAGCAUGCAGCUAAAAUAUAUGAAAGUCAGUAGCUGCAGCAAUAAUGCUCCUUUGAAGGGUAAAACGUCGCGCAAGUCUUGCGGCCACCUCAACGUCAUCAGGCGCGUGGAUUUGAUCGUGCUUAUCAUUCGCCAGGAGUCACGGCCAUAGCACACACGCACGUGAGUCUGAAUAGAUUGCAUGUUGCAGUUGGUCUCACUAUCAUUUCUCUGAGAUGAAGCUCACGAUUCGUGCGACACGGCGCGAUGCGCUCAAUAAAUUGGCUGCGUUGUCCGCCAAUAGCGCCGCCGCGUUGGACGAUGACAAGGACAUCACGAGGCUGUGUGCAUUGGGCCGACAGCGAAGCGGACCGACGACAAAUGGCAUGAAGAGUUAUGUUACGGGAGGCACGGCUGGAACGCACUCGGUCCCGAUGAGUGUGCGAGAGCUCGAGGUCCUCAUUGCAUUGUGUAAAGCAGCGCCAUUGGUACAAACUAGCAGUGACGCCGAGAAUUUGCUUCAACAACUCGCACCCUAUGUCCCUGAGGCGCACCAGCAGGCCUUCACUCCGUCUAUGAUCCAGCAGUACUUGCCACCCUGGGAAACCCUCUCCAACGACCUCACCACGGCUGUGCUCGCCCUUGGCCACAACCAUCCUUCUCUCCGCGAGCAAGUCUGGGCCUGUAUCGAUACAACUGUUACUGCGCUGGCGGAAAAUGCAACUAAAGCCUCGCGGGACCAGCAAGAUGGUCAGGAGAACGUCGAUCGUGAGGUGGACAACCAGGUCUUGAACGCCAUUAAAUUAAGCGUCUCUCUGCUUGGCUUCUUCAAUGCGAUUGGGAAACACGUGCAGGUCUGGGAUCCGGAAAGGCGUAGUUCGCUGAUUGCGCGGCUUCGCAACAUUCUUUCUGAAAAAUUCAUGGUUGCGCUCGAGGGUGGUCUCUCUGCUGUGCGCAAUGCCGAUCCCACAACAAGAGUCGUCAAAGAUUGGAAGCGAUGGAUCAGGCACUAUGCUGCUCAGGGUCAACCUUUAGGGGCAAUGCUCUUGCAGCAUGCAUUCAUGAUCGUCGUAGAAGAGAGUAUCCUAGCUCUCCUGCCCAUCUCAGAACCUCCAACACGUUUGGAGUUCCUAGAUUUCCUGCUGCAGCGAAACCCUCGUCUCCCUCAGAUCAAUUUUGGCGCCCAAAGUGUCAUGGUUGCGGAGAUGACUAAGACCAUAUCCGAAGAAAUGCGACUUCUGGACGCCAAUGCGGAUUACAUUUCGAUCGGUACCGCGUGGCAGCAGCGCGUGUCUCGUGAGGUGAAAGCCUGCUCCCUUCGCAGCUACCUCUGUUGUGCGUUACUUGACGGAGAGGCGACGCAUGCAGAAACCCUGAUGGGCUGGCUCGAUGUGAUAACUGACGAUCCCACCCAGAUGGCGGAUGAGGACCUGGCUCAAACAGCAUUGAAAUGUCUGGCUGCGUUGGCGAAAAUUUCGCCUCCGAUUGCUUCCACCUUGACUCGAUCGCUGCCGAGAUUGCUGGUGCAAGGGCGGAUGACGCCUCCAACUGCCGCGGUCGCUGGCGAAUGCCUCGCUCGUAUGCUGAAGGAUUUACCCCAGGACAAUGCCAUCAGUCUCUUGUACAGCCUUGGUAAUGUCUUAAGCACUAAUGCAGUCGAGCAGGGCAACAGUCGAUCCUCAAUCUUGGAAGGCGUCACAACACCACAAUCCAUUCAACGACUGGGCAGUGCAAUAUCGCUCGCCGUUAGCGAUGAAGAAGAGACCGCCAUUGUGUAUGCAUCUGUUGUGCAGGCAAUUGUUGCGAUCGCUGUCGCCCGCAGCGAAGCACAGCUCACUGCAUUGGUCAUCUCAGUCUUGGUCCAAAAAGUCGGCAAAAUUAGCCAAGCUGUCGAUGCCAAGAUCAUUGUCGAGACCGCCGCUCUCGGUUUGUGCGGAGGAUCCAAUGAGCUUAGAGGGCUUCUCCGACUCUAUGCCCGUAUCGCGAAUGAUGCUACAAUAGAGCAUAACACUCUAUUGUUGAGCGCGGUGACCGAAGCGCGUACACGGCUGGCCACCUGGAUCAAGAAGGACUCUCCGCUCUUCGAAGUCUACUUGUUGCAUCUCACAAGUCUCUGCGUCAGCAGCGGUGAAUCUACUACUACCCGUCCCGCGGAUAUCGCACUUCCUGCUAGGUUGAUGGCGCAAGUCUUCAGGCCUAUGGCUUUGCUAGUAUCGACUGACAAGGAUCAUACGCCAAAAUUUGAUGGUGAAGAUGAGCUACUUAACUUGAGCCGGGAUUCUUGGUUCAACAUUGUCGUCCACGGCUACACACUGAUGUCACCAGCUGCCAAGGAGUAUACGGAAGAGCUCCAAAUUCUGGCAUUAUACAGCCUUCCUCUCGUCGAUGAGGAUCGAGUCGAUAUGCCAGAAAGCAGCAUCAUCUUGAACCCGGUCCUGCGACGGGGUUCGAGUCCGCAGCAACUGGCACAGCAAAGACAGGCAUUACUGGCGGCGCUGCCACAAUGUGAAUCGGACAUCAAGAGCCUGGGGUACCCGGAAUGCGUCUUUCUGAAUGCAGCUCUGCUGAUUUCCACUCUCCGCGCCCGCGGAGGCGAUUGUACCGCUGCGUUGCCGUACUUCCUGGAGAACAAGGUCAAAACGACCGCACUGGGCAACUGCGUGUUUGCCCUAUCGAAUCAUUGUGUUGACACCUACCUUCGGAGAGCUUUGCAAGGCCAGCGACAGGAAUUUGCGGCCCCACAGGUGGCGCUACAGCUGGCAAGUAUCUUCGAAAACUGCUGUCAUAGGAUCGCAAAAAUACAAUCUGCAGCCUUGGCGGCCUGCGAUCGCAUCAUAACGCAGAUUCCAUCGGCGCUGUGCCAGAAAGCAUCGCUGUUUGCCCUGCUCGAACUUCUUUCACUGAUGUGGAAAAGCUGUUUGGAUGCUGAGACCGACGAGUACGAUUGGAAGUCUCACUAUGCUUCGGAGAAGGGCAACGUUUCCAUUCAACUCUCAGACGACAUCAGCUAUCGGCAGUCGACCCUGAACGUGUUCCAUCAGCGGAGCCGAGCAUGGGUGUCACGGGCAAUUGAGAUUGCACCUCUGGACGUCAAGGGUCUGUUGCAAGCCUAUCUUGAGGACUAUGAGGAUGACGGCGCUUAUGGACAUAUUGCUCUGGGCAGAUCAUUUGCUGUUGAGAUGGGCUCAAUUGUACCAAAAAGCGACCAGAGGUUGACAUCGCUUGAUCGUCAGCGGGACAUGGGAGUUAAUACCGCGUCCGAUUUCAUUGCCCAAUACACAACCCGUCAGGAAUAUCGUCAUCUUGACGGCCGCAUGAAAGUUGAAGAUGACUGGACUCUCGUUGAUUACAGCGGCAAAACAUACGAUGCAAUCACAGAUGGUGUGGCGCCUGUUCAAGACGAAGCGGCAGAGCUACGUACUCUCGCUCAACGACUGCAAAAUAAUGAGAGUGUGCCUUUCACUCAGGUCCGAGAUACGUUGCGCAAUGCUGCUGCCAUCCUCAGUCGAAUCCUGUCCGAUCGUGUGCCGCUCAUUCAAGACCUAGUUGCCAUUCCUUUCAUCAUCUUCACAAAGCAGUCCAUCAAUUUGGGAAUCUCAUUGUGGCUUGGAGUCAUAAAAGAAAACCCAAGUCUGGAAACGCGAAUUCUUGUCGAAGUCGCUCAGGGCUGGGAGAACUCAAUCCGUCAAAAGAGAGGCUUCUUCGAUAACACAUUCCAUCAUCUCGAUCCUUUCUACAUUAAGGAGGAAUUCGCUCCAUCUAAUUGGGAAGCGAUUGUUAAGAGGCAACAGAUUGCAAGCAAUCAUAUUGCACCACAUCUCCGCUUGACCCAUUUCCUGUCCAGUCACUUUAAUGCGUCAAGGUUGACUUCGCCUUCGGUCGAACACAUCUACUUCCGCCUUAUCCGCGCGACACUGCUCGCGAUGCGCGACACUGUCAGUCACCCUCUAGCUCGAGAGGUACAUUUCCAUAUUAUACUGCUGGGGCUCAGAGUGCUGAAGAACAGCACAUCGUCGAGCGUUGCCUCCCGAUGGCGUUUCAGGGACGCUAUCCUCUCAGCUGCUUUGUCUUGGUUUUCAAGCCCGCCCCGAUGGUCGUUCGGAAGCAACAGAUUACAGGUCAAGGCAGAAGUGAAGCUACUUGGAGACGUGACUGCUAUGUUGGCUGCCCUUGACGGCGAUGGCAGCUCAGGGACCUCGUCGCUGCCGUCGCUCUCUCAAAAACAGGAACUGUUCCUACAACUCGUCAGUCACGAGAUCGGCCGGCUCACAGUAUGGAUCACGCCGCUUACUCACGAGUCUCGGGGCGCGAUCCUCCAGCAUGAACCGGAUGUUAGAGAGUCGACUAUCCAAUCGCUUCUGCCCAUCGCAUGGGCCGAGGACCCUCGCAUCGCAAUUCAACUACUUGCGCGAUUUCCCAACUCAAAGGACCUAUCACAGGCGGUGCGAAGUCUGCUGUUGAAACGCCCUGAGCAGGCCCUGCACGAACCAGACGCCCUACAGACUUUACUGGGCCCCGAGCUCCCGUCCGAUGUCAAGUUUCAAUUGAAGUAUCUACUUUACUGGGCGCCCAUCAACCCGAUGGCAGCAGUUACUCACUUUCUGCCUGCGUAUGGCAACCACCCCUUCAUCAUUCAAUAUGCUGUCCGCGCGCUCGAGAGCCACUCUGUUGAUGUUACCUUCUUCUAUGUGCCUCAGAUCGUACAGGCGCUGCGCUACGAUGCGCUCGGGUACGUCGAGCGUUACAUAGUGGAGACGGCCAAGUUCUCCCAACUGUUUGCCCACCAGAUCAUCUGGAACAUGAAAGCCAACGCGUACAAAGACGAGGAGUCUCAGCAGCCAGAUUCAAUCAAGCCUAUGCUGGACAAAGUCCUGGCAGCGCUCAUCGCAAGUUUCUCCGCCGAAGACAAAGACUUUUACGAGCGAGAAUUUGAGUUCUUUGGCAAGGUCACUGGUAUUUCGGGUACUCUCAAACCACUGAUCAAGCGACCCAAGCCCGAAAGGAAAGCGAAAAUCGAAGAGGAACUCCGCAAGAUCGAGGUUGAUGUCGGGGUUUACUUGCCUAGUAACCCUGAAGGGGUUGUCAUUGGCAUUGAUCGCAAGUCCGGACGGCCUCUCCAGAGUCACGCGAAGGCUCCAUACAUGGCAACGUUCCGCAUUCGGAAGGAAGAAUUUGAAACUGACACGCCGGAGACACAAGCAACGCGACACGGACAGAUCGCGAAACGCAAGACUUAUGAAGUCUGGCAGUCGGCCAUUUUCAAAGUGGGAGAUGACUGUCGGCAGGAUGUGCUUGCCUUGCAACUGAUUGCCGCCUUCCGAGGCAUCUUCAACAGCUGCGGCUUGGAUGUCUAUGUGUUCCCUUAUCGUGUGACUGCGACGGCGCCCGGAUGCGGCGUUAUCGACGUGUUGCCUAACUCAAUCUCGCGGGACAUGCUUGGUCGGGAAGCCGUCAAUGGACUCUACGAAUACUUCGUCUCCAAGUACGGGUACGAAGACUCUAUCCGUUUCCAACAAGCCCGCAGUAAUUUCAUCAAGAGUAUGGCGGCAUAUUCAAUCAUCUCUUACCUCCUUCAAUUCAAGGACAGGCACAAUGGAAACAUUAUGGUCGAUGAUGCCGGCCACAUCCUGCACAUCGACUUUGGCUUCUGUUUCGACAUUGUCCCUGGAGGCGUCAAGUUCGAGCGCGCCCCCUUCAAAUUGACGCCAGAGAUGGUCGCUGUGAUGGGCGGUUCAACACAGUCGCAACCGUUCCGAGCUUUUGAGGAACUGUGCGUCAAGGUCUUCCUGGCCGCCCGACAGCACGUCGAGCAACUGUCGCACAUUGUGUUGACGAUGCUGGACUCUGGACUCCCUUGCUUCAAACCGACGACAAUUCAACACUUCAAAGAGCGCUUCGUGCUGGAGAAGUCGGAUCGAGAAGCGGCCGACUUUGUGCGCAAACUGGUCCAAUGGAGUGCGGGAAGCUAUUCGACCGGAGUGUACGACUACUACCAGUUGUUGACGAAUGGAAUUCCCUACUAAAGUUGAGGCGAUAGAGCGUCUUGUUGGGAAGAAAUAUUACCCUCCGAUCGGCAUACAUACGCCUGCAGACGCAUGUACGUGUAGCGCGCCAGGCUUCGAGCGUGGGUGGGCGGUAUUGAUCUUUCAGAUUGUCUGCAUGUAUAUAUGUAGGUCCAUGAGCACCGUAUGCACGCCCCUGUCUCUUCAUGUACUGUACAUGUAUGCAGCGGCGCCGCAGCGUGUGUUGUUAAUCGGCGAGGGAUCGGCAUGUUACAAGGUUGUGUCAAAGUUUGUUACCACCUUACGUGUGGAUCGUGUACGGGUUGGAAUUGGAGAUAGUCGCCUG